GAGAGAGAAAAUUAAGGUUUCUUUCGUUUUUCUACAUGAACAAAUGUUACGGUACAUGAAACAGAGUGCACUUUAAGCAUUAUCUUCUUUACAGAUGCAUUUGUUCGACAUCGACAUUAAAGGGAAAUUCACUUUUCGCGAGAGUGACGCCUUAUCCGCCGGCACGUCCCUUACCAUGUUUGAAGCGAAAGGUUGCAAAAUCGGCAUUGGCAUUUGCUACGAUAUCAGAUUUGAAGAAAUGGCGCGAUUAUACAGAAACAAAGGUUGUCAGAUGUUGAUAUACCCGGCGGCAUUCAACAUGACCACUGGCCCGCUACAAUGGUCGCUGCUGCAGCGUGCCAGAGCAAACGACAAUCAAUUAUAUGUAGCCUGCGUAUCGCCGGCACGUGGCUCACCGCCUGGAUACGUCGCUUGGGGGCAUACUCAGUUAACCAAUCCUUGGGGAGAAAUACUUAACGAGCUGGAUGCCGCCGAGGAUAUGGUGGUCUCCGAUAUAGAUCUGAAAAUCGUGGAUCAAGUCAGAGCCCAAAUCCCGACGUUCGAUCAACGUCGUACAGAUCUGUAUGACACCGUUUGGAAGAAGGAAAAUUAGGAAAAUGUUACUGAUAAUGAUAAUGCUUAUACAUUAUUAAGCACGUUCACAUGUGUUGUCAUAAGCAAUCCAAGGCAAUCCUAUAAGAUGAUUAACUAUUUAGGGAUAAGGUUCUAAAUUUUGCAUUCGAGAAUACUUUAUAGAUAUAAAUAUCUUGUAUUCACACGUGUUGUAAAGACACAUGCGAUACGGUGUUUUAGAUGUAAUUACCGGCGAGUAAACUUUAUAUUCUGAAUAAAUUUAAUAUCUUUUGAUAUAUA